AUGGAAAGCGAGGGAAGAUGGAAGGGGAGAAGGUUUCGACGACGUGGGUCUGUACUGCUCACCAGGCGAUGUGUUACCGUCAUCUCUAACUUCCCUCAAGACUACCCCAAGGAUUCCAGGUGUCUGUGGGUGUUCGAGGGAGUCGAGUCGGCGACCAAAAUCACGAGCUGUUGCAGGACCUUGCAUCUGCAACACAGCCGCAGUUGCAAGCAGGAUAAGCUGAUCUUUGGCGACGGGGACGGACGCAAGGAAAAAUUCUGCGGGCGCAAGAGAGGCGGCCUCGCGUGGGAGAGCGAGACGGGAUGGCUCAGUCUGUUCUUCAGGUCCAACGCUCGCGGCCAAAGACGGGGCUUCACCUGCAACGUCUGUGCUUCAGGCCCCCCUCCUAUUACGUCACCAUUUUGCACCUGCGGGCGUAGAAACAUCCCGCUCACGCCCAGUCGCAUCAUCGGGGGCGUGCCGACAUACCCCCAGGAGUACCCGUGGCAAGUGGGCAUCACCAAACCCCUGCACAUGAGGCCUUACUGUGGCGGGACCAUUAUCUCUAACACGUGGAUUCUCACAGCUGCUCACUGCAAUGUCCAAGUUGAUGACGUGGUGUUGAUCGGAGCGCACAACUGGUGCCAGUGUCAGCCGCCUCCUCUGCGCAUCCAGGUCAAGCAGGUGUACAACAGCCCAGACUACAACCAGUACACCCGAGACAGUGACAUCGCUCUCCUCGAAGUCUCCCGCGAGAUCCCCUUCCCGGUAGACAACAGCAUCGCACCGGUUUGUCUUCCUUACCAGUCCAUCUACAACGAGACCGGGAGCGCCAUCGCCACCGGCUGGGGCGUUACUUAUCCCGAGGGAAAGCGCUCGUGUGUGCUUCGCGACGCGGAUAUCCCGACCAUGAGAGACGCCGCGUGCAGCUACUGGUGGCCCGGAAAAAUCACCGCCAGCAUGAUGUGUGCGGGAAUCGACGUCAAGGGAACGUGCUCGUUCGACGUCGGGGGGCCCCUCGUGAGCGGCCCGACCGGCGGGACCGGGCCGUUCGUGCAGAUCGGCGUGACGUCAUGGUGGGCUGCCAUGUGCGACCGGCCUCAGGUCUUCACGCGGGUUAUGGAAUUCAUCCCCUGGAUAAAGGCAACUUCUGGCAACGAAUCUAACUCCUGUUUACCGUGGUCUUAAAAUGAACACAUCACAUGCAGUAGAAGUUAGAACCAGCUGCCUCAUGGAAACCAGCUGCCUCCUUAGUUCUAGCUGUCUUUUCGGAACUGCAUGUUACUUUACAGCCAUCUUACUCCUCAGAACUAUAUUCUUAUAUUAGAACCAUCUUUCUGUUUAAAAUUAUCUGUUUGCUUGGAACCAUCUUUCUCCUAAGAGCUAUAUCCCUCUUAAGAACCAUCUGUCUAAUUGGAAUCAGCUUCUUCGUGUCCAGAAUUUUCUUUUUGUAAAUUUUCCUCUCAUUAACCACCUUUCUCCUCACAAUCAGCUGUCUCUCUCUGUCUCUUUCUUUCUCUGUCUGUCUGUCUU